CCUGGCCACGGCCCCGGGCUCCGCCCGCCGGGGGGCGCGUGCGCGAUGCGCCCCACUCCGGGCCGCCGCCGCCGCCGCCGCUGCUGCGAUGCCUAUUUUAGUCAAAGCCGCUGCGGGCUCCGGGACCCGGCACCAGCCCCGGCGACUCGAGCCCCCGCGGGCCCGCCGAGUGGGGUGCCCGUCGCGCCGUCGAGUCCGCGUCCUCUGAGCGCAAGCCGCUGCCACCCCAAACUUUGGCCCGGCGGCCCGGGCUCGGUGCCUGGGACAAGCCAGGAAAAAUAUCAAGAUGAAUUAUACUGAAUCCAGCCCGUUGGUAGAAUCAACUGCAAUAGAUUUUACACCUGACUUAUUAAAUAUUCUACCUGUGCCUUCCAAUGAGACAACUUGUGAAAACUGGAGAGAGAUACAUCAUCUAGUUUUUCAUGUAGCAAAUAUUUUUUUUGCAGUUGGGUUGGUUAUUCCAACUACUAUUCACCUUCAUAUGAUCCUUCUUAGGGGGAUGUUCACUAUAGGAUGUACCCUUUAUAUCAUCUGGGCUACUCUCUACCGAUGUGCCUUGGAUAUAAUGAUCUGGAACUCCGUGUUCUUGGGUGUCAAUAUUUUACAUCUUUCAUAUCUUGUGUACAAGAAAAGACCGGUAAAGAUUGAAAAGGAACUCAGUGGCAUCUACCGGCGAUUGUUUGAACCACUCCGUGUACCUCCAGAUUUGUUCAGAAGAUUAACCGGACAGUUUUGCAUGAUACAAACCUUGAAGAAGGGCCAGACUUAUGCUGUAGAGGAUCAGACUUCAGUUGAUGAGCGUCUGAGUAUUCUCCUGAAGGGAAAAAUGAAGGUCUCCUACCGAGGACAUUUUCUGCAUAACAUUUACCCCUGUGCCUUUAUAGAUUCUCCUGAAUUUAGAGCAACUCAGAUGCACAAAGGUGAAAAAUUCCAGGUCACCAUUAUAGCUGAUGAUAACUGCAGAUUUUUAUGCUGGUCAAGAGAAAGAUUAACUUACUUUCUGGAAUCAGAGCCUUUCUUAUAUGAAAUAUUUAGGUAUCUCAUAGGAAAAGACAUUACAAAUAAGCUCUACUCAUUGAAUGAUCCCACCUUAAAUGAUAAAAAAGUCAAAAAAUUGGAACCCAAGAUGAGUCUUUCCACGCAGAUCUCCAUGCUGGAGAUGAGGAACAGCUUGAUCAGCUGCAGUGACAGUGAUGACGGCUUGCACCACUUCCUUCGAGGCACCCCCAGCAUGUCCUCUCUUCGGGCCACCUCCAGCAGUGCUCAGCCUGGUGAUGCAAAUAUGAUGCUUUGGUGCUCGGACCCAAUGACACAGAAUUCGGGGGCCACCAGGCCUACACCCGGUGGUGCAUGGGGAGCCAAGCAGUGCUGGGGAUCAAACCCGGGGCCUUGCACAUGUCAGGAAUGUGCCCUACCACAUGUGUCCUCCCCACACCAGCCCGUGUCUGCCAAGAUGAAGCCAAUAGAAGAAGGGGUGGAAGAUGAUGAUGAAGUCUUUGAACCUGUGACUCCAAAUACAUUUAAAAUCCAUCAGUUGCCUUGAUCAGAAAAGGAAUCGAGUUACGGAGAUGGACACCGAAUGAAGACAUCUUGAAACAGACUGCCACUUUUUCAUGAUUGUUGGGCUAUUUUUUUAGUAUGCUCAGACUGGACGCAUUUGAGGACAGAAAAGUGAGGAAGCUGUAAAAAUGGGAACGUUACUUUAGCUCUCCUAGGAAUUGGCCAGUGUGUUAAGUGAUUGUUUUACUGAGCCUUCUGACUACACCUACUUCUAUUUUGAUAUCUAUGGGGUCACAGUAUUUUCUAGCUAUAUUAUCAUUUUUAAGUUAAAAAAAAAUUAAAAUCUUAGUUCAGGAGUCGGAUAGUACAGCAAGUGGGGAAGGCACUUGCUUUGCAUGCAGCUGACCUGGUUCAAUCCCCAGCACCACAUAUGGUCCCCUAAGCACCAGCAGCAAUGAUCCCUGAGCACAGAACCAGGAGCAAACCCUAAGCACCAACAGGUGUGGCCG